AUGUCCUUUCGCAAGAGGAAUAUUGGCUUGUCAACUGGGGUGGAUCGUGCUGCCACUCCUAGCACACAGCCAGCUCUGCCUGACUCCAACCCAAGCAUACGCCCCUCCCCCGAUGAUGGACGCCCAACUACUUCUACAGGAACGCCUUCCCUUGAUGGCCUCUUAGCAGGGCAUGCAGGUCUUCCAAUGGGAAAGACGUUGCUGAUAGAAGAGAAUGGAACUACGGAUUUUGCGGGAGCAUUGCUUCGUUACUAUGCAGCGGAAGGUGUGGUCCAAGAACAGAAGGUUCAUGUAGUUGGAGUACCCGAGCAAUGGGGCCGAAGUCUGCCGGGCUUGAUCGGUACGGCAGAAUCCCUACAGGGAAAAAGAUCGGAUAGGCGUAAAGAAGAACGAAUGAAAAUUGCCUGGCGUUACGAACGGCUAGGCGAAUUUGGUGCUGGCAUUGCUGGCUCGCGAGACACUCUUACUCCCUCAACUGGAGAACAGGAUCCAGCAGUAAAGGAGCAGACUGCAUUUUGUCACGCUUUCGACCUCACUAAACGGCUCACCCAUCCUUCAAUUACAAAUAUGGCCUUCAUUCCACUUAUUCCGUCGAGAGACUCACCCUUCACAUCCAUUAUCAAACAGUUGCAAACGGCGAUUGCGUCCGCUGGUCCUACCACAAUACACCGCAUUGUCAUUCCCUCUCUCCUCAAUCCAACCAUAUAUCCGCCCACCGCUUGCCAACCCGAAUACGUGUUGCAAUUCCUCCAUUCAUUGAAAGCGCUGAUGAGUACACAUGCCAGUCGUGUGACUGCAAUGAUUACUUUUCCAUUGUCACUAUUUUCUCGCUCCUCUGGCCUCGUGCGAUGGGUGGAGUUGCUGUGCGAUGGUGUCAUAGAACUAUGCCCAUUUCCUCAUUCCGCCGACUCUCUGACAACGUCUGGCGCGGCAACAGCUCAAGAAGAGCCUCCACAGGGAAUGCUCAAAACCCAUCGACUUCCGGUCUUGCAUGAACGUGGUGGUGGGAGCGACCAAAAUGUUGGGCAGGAUUGGGCGUUUAUUCUGAGUCGUCGACGAUUCGAGAUUAAACCAUUCAGCCUGCCUCCUGCAGAAGGCGAUACUGAAGCGCAAGAUCACGUUGCCAAGGGCGUGCCUAAGAAGGCAGACCUCGAGUUUUAG